CCGAAGAGAGUCCGUCGGUUCACUACUUCCCCAGCAUUGAAGUUUCCUGUGGGUGUCGGCUGCACUUUCUCCCUUUUGAAACUCUUUAUUAUGACCUUAGGGGGUGCGAAUACGGCUAAUGGGUAUUCAGGCGGUGAUUACCUCUCCGAAGAAAGUGUGUUGCGCUCAUACCCUCUCUACCCGACCAAGAAGCGGAGAUGCUGCAACGUCAACGGAGACGGAUUCACGAUCAUCUCCGCCUGCUUCUGCAUCUUCACCACGGCACUCACCAUCGCCUUCAUCGCGCAGCUCAAUUAUGGCAGUCCGCAGGUCACGCCCCACGGAGCUGUAUCGACUGACGAGGAGGAAUGCAGCCACGUGGGCAUCACCGUCAUGAGAGAUGGUGGCAGUGCAGUUGAUGUUGCCAUUGCUUCCAUUCUCUGCAUGACUGUAGUGCAUCCGCAUGCAGUGGGACCGGGAGGGAGCGGCGUGAUGCUGGUGCACGACCACAAGACCAACACCUCUACCGUCGUGGACUUCAUGAGCGGCGUCCCUCGCUCGCACCGCGCGGACGAGGACCAGCCGCUGCCCACAGAUGGCAGGAGCAUCGGCGUGCCCGGCCUACUCCGCGGCCUGGAGUACGCCCACACCAAGUUCGGAAAACUCCCCUGGCGAAAACUGUUCCAGCCGAGCAUUGACAUCGCAAGGAAAGGCUUCUUCGUCUCGGCCCACCUGGAGGAGGCCCUCGGGAAAUCGAACGUGACUCAGGUGGACGGCGUGACGGAGUUCGACAAGACGUUCUUCCCUCGAGGCAUCAUGCUGAAGAAGGGCGCCUUCCUGCAGAGGGAAAACUACGCCGAGUUCCUGGAGGUGGUGGCCAAGCACGGCGCUGAUAGUUUCUAUGCCCUGAAUUUCGGCGUGGAGGAGAUGGAAGCCCUUCAAGAAAAUGGCGCCGAAAUCCAUGUGAAAGAUUUUGAAGAUUAUGAGCCCCGAGAGCGCCCAUGCAUACACAUGUCACUGAAUAACAUGUCUGUGUUCACCGCACCAGCGCCCUUUGGAGGACCGCAGUUAUUGACGGCCUUGCAACUCCUUCGCAACACGAAUUUAACGACGCAUUUGCCGCUGUCGAAUUACUACCACUCCUUUAUCGAAGCCAUUAGGAGGAGCUACGCCGGUUUCGUCGGUUUAGCCGAUGCAGAGGAGGCGGAGUUGCAGAACAUGACUCACGCAUUGCUGCAGUCGACGUCCAGCGAAUGGAUUGAUCAGACGGUCACGGCAGCCGACCCGAAUGUCUUCCGACUUCCUGAACAGACUGCUUCUUCAGUGUCUGUUAUAGAUACUUUUGAUCGAUAUGUUACUGUGAUUGCUGGCCUUGGAACCUAUUUUGGGUCCCGCGUGAUGACCAAAAGCGGGAUUCUCUUCAACAACCAUCUGUCCAACAUGCCUCCUCACAGCCACCCGGACAGCGAGCACUUUUCACACGCCAGACCUCUUAAUACUUACACGCCUGUUAUUAUCACAGAUGUUCAGCAGGUGUGUGGGAUGAGAGCGGUGCUGUCAAGUCCAGAAGUGGGAGCAAUGAUCCAGGUGAUAAGUCAGUUGCUCCUCCGAGGCCAGAACCUAACCCAGGCCAUCCAACAGCCGAGAAUUACCAUCAGACCAGGAUUGGACCAAGUCUUUGUUGAAGACAUGGGUUCCAUCGACCGUCUGCCAGGAACCGUAAGAAAUGACCUUCAAACAAUGAACCACACACUCCAGAUCAUACACCUCCCGUACUCUAGUGUCAAUGGGGUUUCCAAGACCAAAGAUAAGUUGGUGUCUCGUUCUGAUGCCCGCGGAGGUGGGGUUGCGCAUAGGCUGGAACCUGCCUCAACGCAUACUGUUAAUAUUACAACAGAUCUUUGAUUAUAAACGCCAAUGGCACCUGACUUUUACUUACACUCUUUUGUGCCUCUGACACCAGACCUUUAACUACACAAUAACCAUCUAUUACACCAAACCUUUAAAUAAACUGUAAGCACCUCUCAGACUUAACUAUAGUAUGGGUACCAAUUACACUGGGACAUAACUACAAAGGAGUGUCACUUUUAUUUGACUUAACUACACAGAAGCUUUAUCUGUAGAGCCUACAACAAUAGACCUUCACAUGAAUGACCAUUACACAGCAGACUUUUAACUACAUUGUAUGCAACUAGGGCACUAGAUCUUUAACUAUAUAUUAGCACCUGUUCACUAUAAAAUAUAUAUUGUGGAUAUAAAGGCACAAAUAUUGUUUUAAUCUACUGUUGUUGAAAUGUAAUUAUGUAUAGUUUUUAUUUAUGAAUCUAUUAAAAUAAUUUUACCUU